GCAUGCGCGAUCCCGGAUGGUGAAGCGCGAGAGUCCGGCCGGUGGCGAGAGGCUGUGACAGGAGCUCGGAGGCCGCGCCGAGGGGACGGGAAAAGCGUCCGUGGAUCCCAGGAGCCUCCCCGGGAGACGGGAGAGGCCAGGGCGCCGCUCGGUGUGUGUGAGCGGGAAGUGGAAUGUCAUGCGAGACGAGGGCGACGGAGGCGGACCCCGAGCCUGACCUUGAGGUUCACAAAGGCAAUGGAAAGUCAGCCAAGACCAUCCGGGUCGGGACACGGAAAAGCCAGCUCGCCCGGACUCAGACCAGCAUCGUGGCCGACCAGCUGAAGGAACUCCACCCAGAAACAGAGUUUGAAAUCGUUGCCAUGUCAACCCUAGGUGAUAAAAUCCUGGACACCGCUCUCUCAAAGAUCGGGGAGAAGAGUCUCUUUACAAAGGAGCUAGAAAUGGCACUGGAGAAUAAUGAGGUGGAUCUGGUUGUUCACUCAUUGAAGGACCUUCCCACCACACUGCCUCCCGGGUUUACAAUUGGAGCAAUCUGCAAGCGUGAGACACCAUUCGACGCUGUGGUUCUGCACCCCCGGAAUGCCGGCAAAUCCCUGGCAACGUUGCCCGACAAGAGUGUGGUGGGGACCAGCUCACUGAGACGAGCAGCUCAGCUCAAAAGGCGGUUUCCACACCUGGAAUUCAAGGAUAUUCGAGGAAACCUGAACACGCGGCUAAAGAAACUGGAUGAGAAGGAGGACUACAGCGCCAUUGUGCUGGCAGCAGCGGGACUGCGGCGGAUGGGCUGGCAAAGCCGCAUCAGCCAGGUUCUGGAGCCUGAGGAUUGCAUGUACGCUGUCGGACAGGGUGCCCUGGCUGUGGAGGUACGAGUGAACGACCACGAGGUGCUGGACAUGGUGUCGGUGCUGAGCCAUGUGGACACUGUGCUGCGCUGCAUCGCAGAGCGCUCCUUCCUCAAGCAGCUGGAAGGGGGUUGCAGUGUGCCUGUCGCUGUCCACAGCAUCAUUAAAGGAAAUCAGCUCUACCUCACGGGAGCCGUGUACAGCCUGGAUGGGUCAGAGAGCCUGAAAGACACAAUGCAAACUGGUGUAUGUACAGAACCUCAGGGAGAAGAUGGAGCGGAUGACACGCAACACGUGGGGGUCACGGCCAAGACCGUGUCACGAGGGGCGCUGGCGGGAGCCGACCGGCUGGGCUCAGACCUGGCUAACCUGCUACUCAGCAAGGGGGCCGGGCAGAUCCUCACCAUAGCCAGGCAGCUGAACGACGCCAGAUAAUCACUGCGGGCGGCUGGAGAGAGAGUUAGACAGUGUAGACGGGGAGUGAACAUUUUACCAUAUUUGUUGAGCAGCAAAGUGAAGUUCCCACCUGGAGCCUUCGAUUUGCUGCUUAACAAACAUCGUGAAAAUGUGCUGUUCUGUGGGACUAUCCCCCCCUCCCCCAGAGCAACGCAUCAUUCCACACAGCCGUUCCCACAGCUUUCCCAUUCGUCAGGAACACUGUGGUGAGUGAGCCAGCGGGCUGGGCUGAUAAUGCUCCGUCUCUUAAACGAUUUCUUAAUGAAUUACCUUGUGUGUGUGUGGUUGGCGGGGGAAGGGGCAGAGAACUCUGCAGAGUCAGUAACCGGGAUUACGUCGCUCCGAUUAAUCGGUGUCGGAGCCACAUUCUUGUGACUCGGAGUCACCACACACUUCUGGAUUCAUCGCUUGAGAAAUCGGUUGAGAUUCGGGGUAUUAUAAAUAAUAAUAAUCCUUGCAUU